UCAAGCAUUUGUGGAUCUUCUCCACCUGUUCCUGCGUUCUUCUUCAUUUCCUUACUAAUCUUAUCCAGAGAUCGCGGCGAACAGAAAAUUAAAUGUCUCCGGCAGCUGAAGAAGACGAUGAUAGGAGUCCUGCGAAAAGAGUUGCUGUUGUUGGGGCUGGUGUGAGCGGUCUCGCCGCAGCAUAUAAGUUGAAAGCACAUGGUUUAGAUGUAACUAUAUUUGAAUCCGAAGGACAAGCAGGUGGGAAAUUGAAAAGUGUUUCAAAAGAUGGAUUGAUAUGGGAUGAAGGUGCAAAUACAAUGACAGAGAGUGAUUAUGAGGUCAGUUAUUUGCUUGAUAAUCUACGAGGACUUCGAGAGAAACAACAAUUUCCAAUUUCUCAUAAAAAGCGGUAUAUUGUUAGGAAUCGAGUACCUGUACUUUUACCUACGAAUCCCAUUGCUUUGAUGAAAACCCAUUUCCUUUCUGUUCAAUCCAAGGUCCAGAUUAUACUGGAACCGUUUUUAUGGAAGAAGAACGGGAGCAUUUCUGAUAGAAAUGAAAGUGUGGGUUCAUUCUUCCAACGUCAUUUUGGAAAAGAGGUUGUUGAUUAUAUAAUUGACCCUUUUGUAGCAGGUACAAGCGCAGGAGACCCAGAUUCACUUUCUAUUCGCCAUGCAUUUCCUGAAUUGUGGGAUUUGGAGAAGAGGUAUGGCUCUGUAAUAGUGGGUGCAAUUCAGUCAAAAUUAUCGAUGUCUAAUAAGAAGGGGAAGAACAAUCGUUUUCGUGGUUCAUUCUCAUUCAUGGGGGGAAUGCAGACACUUGUUGAUACAUUAUGUAAAGAGAUUGGAGAAGAUGAAUUCAAAUUUCACUCCAAGGUUUCAGAAUUGACUUAUGGAAGCAGCAAUUGGUCUGUUUCAUAUUCUCCAAAUCAAAAUCAAAUGAAAAUGAAUCCUUGUUUCGAUGCUGUGAUCAUGACAGCUCCACUUGGGAAUCUUAAACAGAUGAAGAUUGUGAAAAGAGAGAAACCAUUUCUUCUUGACUUUAUACCAGAUGUGAGUUAUCUGCCUUUAUCUGUUAUAAUUACCACAUUCAAGAAAGCGAAUGUUAAGCGACCACUUGAAGGAUUUGGGGUUUUGAUUCCAUCAAAGGAGCAAGAGAAUGGUUUUAAAAGCCUUGGCACGCUCUUUUCUUCAAUGAUGUUUCCUGGUCGUGCACAUAAUGAUGAAUAUCUAUAUACAACUUUUGUUGGGGGGAGUAGAAAUAUUGAACUAGCAAAAGCUUCAAGGGAUGAGUUGAAGCAAAUUGUGACUGAUGAUUUGAGACAAUUGUUGGGUGUGGAAGGAGAUCCCGGUUUUGUUAGUCAUCGGUAUUGGAGAGAAGCGUUUCCCCUUUAUGGUAGAGAUUAUGAUUCGGUUUUAUCGGCUAUUGAAAAGAUGGAAAAGAGUCUUCCAGGGUUUUUUUAUGCAGGUAAUCAUAAGGAAGGUUUAUCAGUUGCUAAAGCAAUCUGCUCUGGUAUCAAAACUGCAGAUAUUGUAAUAUCAUAUCUUGAUUUUGCUUCAAACAAGAUCAUAAAAGAUGUUUAGGUUUGCCUUUCUUUCCAAUAAUAAAACUUUUGUUACAUCUCUUGCAUUGAAUUUGCAUAUUUUAUUUUGU